AUGGGAAUACCAUCCCUUGGGACUGUGCAGCAAAACUGCCUGGGAAGAGGGACAUUUGAGGAGCAAGAGGCUGUUGAUGACAGUGUGGAGAUAAGAACAGUCAAAUGGGUGAUCGCUGCCAGCACUUUUGCCUGUGCCCAGCCUGUUUCCAAAGUAGAGAGAUGGGAUAGGAAAUUGAAACAGAAAGUGUUUGUUAAAUGGCCAAACAUCAUCAAGUUCAUGGGUGGUGUUGAUGCUCUUGAUGCACGAAUUGCGUCAUACCACAUCCACAUAAGGGUCCUGUCACAGAAGACCAGGUGGCCCCCACUGGAUGUUGAAAUGGAGUUUGAAAAUAAAAAACGCAGAGGUCCAACUAAGACUAUUCCAACACAGGAGAUCCAGUUUGAUGCUGUGGCCAGUGGUUGA